UUUUAUUAUUUAAAGUGAUUUUCCAACUUGAAUUUUUCCAACAAAAUGUAAAAUAAUCUAACUUUUGUUUUGGUAACAGAAAUAAACUUUCCAUACCUUUUCGUGAUCUGAGAAAAAUAAAAGUUACAAAAUUUCUAGCUAUUAUCGGGAAUAAAAGUUAUUAAAACACCAUGUGUAUUCAAGUUUAAGAUUAAUUCCGUUCAAAAAUAGGGUUAAUAAUUGUAAAAGACCCACUUCUUUUAACAAGGCCUUCCACCAAUGACGGACUUCCCACAGGGGUUCUUAAUUGACCGAGACACUCUGUGGUUAUGCCAGUAAUUAGGGUAUGAAAAAGAUCUUUUUUUCAACUAAUUGGACUCUUUCAUAGAGUAGUUUGCAUGUAUAACUUAACGUUUAUAGCAAAUUCACAGUCAAUUGAUAACGCUUCCCCGUUGUGGCGAUUUAGCAUUUUUUAAUAAGAUAUCAUAUCCCAGGAUGGAUUUUUUAUCAUUCAAAAAUUGUUAAACAACAAAACACACAAAAGACAAUUAUAUUUAAAUUUCAUAAUCAAAAUCUCAAUGACUUUUUAUUGGCUAGAGUCUUUGCGAAAAUUGUUGUUUUCGUUUUUCUUUCAUACACAAUUCGAUUUUAAAAGUCACUCGAAAUAUAUACAGAAAAAAUCUGUAUUGUUGCAAAGAGUAUAGGAAGAAACUGUGCAAUUUUUUUUGGAAGAAAAUCAAGAACAAAAUGGCCAAGGUAUCCGAAAGUGUUAUGAUCGAUAUAAAAGAUACCAUUACUAUUUUCGAUAAAGUCGGUGACGGCAAAUUGAAUGUCAAUGAUAUCGUUAAUGCAUUGCGAUCGUUAGAUUUAAAUCCUGGAUCGACCGAUUGGGACGACACUAUUAACGAUUACAUUCAAAGUGGUGUAUCUCGUAUAGAUUCUGAGCAGUUUGCUGCGAUAUAUGAUGAAGAGAGGCAUAAGAAAAUUGCUAGUUAUAAGGAACUCUCAGAAGGUCUUAAAGCAAUCGAUCCAGUCAGUGGAGAACUGGGUUUGGUUAACAGAGCCGCUUUGUCUCGCUACUUGACAGUUCUUGGAGACAAGAUAACCGAGGACGAAGCAGAGGUAAUUAUAAAGAAUUGUUUGGACAAAGGUGGAAAGAAUGUGGUGAUUGACACUGUAAUUAAAACUGUCAUGGGAGAUUUGUGAGAGACGAAUAUCACAGUGUAAUUAAAAUUGUUUGUAAACUUUGCCGUAAGUUGUGUAAAACGGGUGUAUAGCUUCUUUUAACCAGUAAUAUAUCAUUUUCUUUCUU